AGGACGAAAAAAAAAAACACGAUCGAAUUGUCUUCUGCCCGAAGAAAAUCGUUGUGUGUGGAGUUGUGAACGAACUGUGCAUUCAGUAGAAAGCAUCGAAGCCAAGGUGAUUUUUUUCGGAACGAUGGAUCAGAUAAAUGGACAGAAGCACUUCUUCCAAGAGCAGGGAUUCUCCCGACAGGUUUUAUGUGCAACAAUCGGCUCGAUGUGGGGAUUGACGAUAGGACCUGCGUUGGGAUUUUCGUCAGUUGGUUUACCGAUGUUCGAUGACGACGAACACGCUCCUUUCAUCUUGGACGAAUCUGACAAAUCUGUGUUCACUAGUCUCCCAUUCCUCGUGACCAUCGUCGGCUCUGUGGUCGGCCGGUACAUGACAUCUCGUUUCGGACCCCGAAUGCUGCUCGCUGCCCUGCUGCUACCCACAGCCGGCAGUUGGCUCAUGAUUGCAUUCGGGCGCAAGGUGAUCUGGUUCUUCGUUGCCCGGACAAUCAUGGGCCUGUGCGGUGGCAUCGCCAUGCCGAUCGGUCAAAUGUACCUGACGGACGUUUCGACGCCCGCGACCCGGGGUUUCAUAGCGUCCACGGCCAUGCUGUCGCAGCUUUUCUACACAUUCGUCAACAGCGUCAUAGCGUUGUUCUUGUCCUGGCACUGGCUUGCUGUCUGCAACGCUGUGCUGGUGGCGGCGCACAUUCCGAUGGCGCUGUUGCUCCCUGAAUCGCCCACUUGGCUCCUGAGGAAGGCGUCGAGGGAACGAGCCAAGCAUGCCUUGCAGUUCGUCCGAGGCAAAGAGGAAGUUGAACAAGAGUUGAAAGACCUUGAGGUUCGGAUAAUACAAUCCCGGCAGAAUUCCGGUGGACUGUUUGACCUGUUCAAGUUGCAUAAUCUCAAGCCCGUCGUCGUGCUGUGCAUCUUCAUCUCUUUUCGCCAGUUCACCGGGGCUUUCGCCGUAUUUUCGUACACAGUAGAUAUUUUUGCAAGCGUCGGUGGCGGACUGAGCUCCACUGUGUCCACUGUGAUCGUCAAUGCCGUGCAAUUGACCAUAAACCUGGCGUCCAACGGAUUAUCUGACAAAUUCGGUCGCAAGAAGCUUCUCGUGUCCUCGGCUUUUCUCAUGGGCGUUGCUCAUCUUGCCUUCGGAAGUUACUAUUAUCAACAGGACAAGAAUCCGGAAGCACUAGCAGCAUUCGCAUGGGUUCCUCUGGCGUCGUUGAUCUUCUACUGCGUCGGGUUUUCCGCGGGUUUCGCUUCCGCACUCUACGUCCUCAUGACCGAGUUGAUACCACUGAGGGUCCGAAGCACGGCUUCUGCAGUCACAUCCAUACUCAACAACUUCCUGACAUUCGUCGUGAUUCAAUACUAUUAUACUAUGAAGCAUAACUUGACGGAAGCAGGACUGUUCUGGCUUUACGGAGGAGUCUGUCUGGUUGCCGGCGUGUACUGUAUCGUUUUUCUUCCGGAAACGAGCGGGAAAAGUUUGGCAGAACUGGAAGCCACGUAUGCCAAAAAGAAGAAACUGCCUGAGAGUGUCGUGUCCUUCAACGACUCCCUGACAACAACAAGUUCCGUACCUGUAUUUGACAUUGAAAAAGCUUCUCAAACCGUUGUUGGGAGUAGUGAGGCUCAUAAUAACCAUAUGUUUUGACAACGACGAUGCCAUAGACGAGAGGACAUGAACGGGACGGAAUACAUUUUUAAACGGGGUUCGACGGUGGACUAAAACUAUUUUUUAUACCUCCGGAUUUUUGUAUGGAUUUGCAUCUGAAGAUUGGUUGAUAGAAUUCUGCGUAAUUUGAUGGGAGCAUGAAUGUUUUUGUAGACGGAACGAAACUGAUGGAGUUGCUGUGACAAAAAUUCAGAUACUUCGCGCGAAAAUACUGUACUUCAUCUGAAUUCCGGUCGCUUUUAUGUACAGAACGUAUACUAUUGCAUUGCAUUUUUCAGAGGUUGGACUAGAAAAUUUACUGUACUCAUAUGUGACAAGAAUGACCUAUUUUUUAUAGCUAUUUGUGUAUCGAAGAACAAGUUGGAUUUGAACUGAUGUUCAGAUUUAGGCUUUAAAUUCUGCCAGUUUUUCGGCAUGACAUCUCGUGAACUUGGAAUACUUCCGCGACAUUCGGAAAAGUCCAGCGAUUCUAUUUCUGUCCUUUCUUUCCGAAGCACGCGCAUUUAACUGUGAUUUUAUUUCGAAUGAAAUGCAGUACGAUUUUUCUAUUCGCAA